AAUUGCCUUGGUCUCUCUCUCUCUCUUCUUUCCGUCAGAGCUCUGGCUUUCUUGCCGGAAUUCCAUACUCUCUGCAUUUCUCUCAUUAAAAUGGUCCAUCUCUAGGGUUUACUUUCCCAAACCCAGUAAUUGAAUUGCAAUUUUCGUUUUGACGAACACUUGAAGUGCCAGAGAUGUCUCGCCAGAUGACAUCCACGGCUUUUCACAAAUCCAAGACUCUUGACAACAAAUAUAUGCUUGGAGAUGAAAUUGGAAAAGGUGCUUAUGGUCGUGUGUACAAAGGCUUGGAUUUGGAGAAUGGUGACUUCGUUGCAAUUAAACAAGUUUCUUUGGAGAAUAUAGCUCAAGAGGAUCUUAAUAUAAUCAUGCAAGAGAUUGAUUUAUUGAAGAAUCUGAACCACAAAAAUAUUGUGAAAUAUCUUGGGUCAUUGAAGACAAAGACUCAUCUUCACAUAAUUCUUGAGUAUGUGGAGAAUGGCUCUCUUGCAAAUAUUAUUAAGCCAAAUAAAUUUGGGCCUUUUCCAGAAUCUUUGGUGGCUGUUUACAUUGCCCAGGUCUUGGAAGGCUUGGUUUAUCUUCAUGAACAAGGUGUUAUUCAUAGAGAUAUCAAGGGUGCUAACAUAUUGACAACCAAAGAGGGUCUUGUGAAGCUUGCUGAUUUUGGUGUUGCCACAAAGCUAACUGAGGCUGAUGUUAACACGCAUUCAGUUGUUGGAACACCAUACUGGAUGGCUCCUGAGGUAUUUUUUUGAGUCUUUUUAUCUCAGCAUAUUCGCUAGGUUUAAUCCUAACUGAUGGUUUCAUUUUUUUUUUUUUUUUUUUAAUUUCUUUUUUAUGCUGAGAAUAUACUAAUGAAAAUGUUAAGGAGUUACAAGUACGAAGUGGACCAGUUAUCCACAAGAAGCUCAAAAACCAUUCAAUUUUGGCAAAAUAUAUACAGAAACUGAUGAGUUGUUUCUACAUCAAGGAAAAUAAGAUU